AUGCUAUAUCGAGCUUUUGCACACGUCGUAUCUGAUACUCCACUGAGUGCUGUCUUGGAUGAAGCUAAAAAACUAAUCCCCACACUUCUGGAAGCCUUAUCUAUGCUGAGUGAGGAUACUUUGAAUAAAGAUAUAGUCUAUAACUUGCUGCUAGUCUUAUCUGGAAUACUGAUGGAUAAGAAUGGACAAGAAGCUGUUGUGGAGAACGUGCAUAUUAUCAUCAGUCGCCUAAUUGGGCUCAUCUCCUACCCUCCAAUGAUGCUAAUUCGAGAGACGGCAAUUCAGUGUCUUGUUGCCAUGUCUAGCCUCCCCCACGUGAAGAUAUAUCCUUUGAGAACACAGGUGCUGCAAGCUAUAUCAAAAGGUCUUGAUGAUCCGAAGAGGAGUGUUCGCCAAGAAGCUGUCAGAUGUCGUCAAGCUUGGUUAGAGAUUUAG